AUGUUUAAGUUAGCAAAGCAGCUGCUGGCCAAGAGAACAAGUUACCCAGAGUUCUGGAAAGCCCUGUCCUUCCUUUUUGCCUUUGAGGAGAUUAACCAAAAUCCCCAAAUCUUACCCAACGUCACCUUGGGCUACAAUAUUUAUGAUAACAGUGUCACCACAAAAAGAACUUUGGAGGCUUUGCUGGAUCUGCUAUCAAAGGGAGAGGCGGAUGUUCCAAAUUAUAGCUGUGGAAAGAGAAGAAACACUCUGGUGGUGCUUGAAGGAGUCGGUGCAGACAUGUCCAUCCAUAUCUCAAGUUUGCUGAACCUCUACAAGAUCCCCCAGGUCCGUUCCACUUUUCCUCCUCUGGUUUUGAGGGACAGACAGCAUUUCCCUUUUUUUUACUCCACUUUCCCCACAGAAACAAAUCAAUAUCUAGGGAUCAUCAAAAUCCUCCAGUAUUUCAAGUGGACAUUGACUGGACUCAUUGCUCCAGAUACAGAAAAUGGAGAGAAAUUUAUGAGACUCUUCACAUCCAUUCUGGACCAGAAUGGUAUUUGUGUUGUUUUUACAGUGAUCAUUUCAGGAUAUGGGUGCGAUUAUAAGGAGAAGGAUGGUGGUCUUUUAUAUGGAAAAGUUGAGAUCUUUAUUUACCAUGCUGAAUUUCAAAACUUCAUGGAUGGAUUUUCAAGUAUACUAUAUUUCCUCAUUAAAAAGAAGGGAUACGUUGUGGGUAAAGUUUGGAUCAUAACAGUUAUUUCGGACUUCACUUUCUGGAUGUCAAUGACUCCAAAGUUCAAUGAAAAAAGCUACUGUAUCUUUUCUUUUCUAAGUCACACAAAUAAAAAAAUUAAUUUUGAUGAACAACUUGAGUCUUUUACUGAGAGAAUUGUGGAUGAAAUCUAUUCGUGUUCCUAUUCAAAGCAUGCUCCAUCCGUGAAAGGUUGGACAUGGUGCAGAGAGAAAGAAAAACGGAGGCCAAUGUCUCAAGAGUUGAGGGAAAAGAUUCUGUCCCUGGACGGUUAUCACAUUUACCACACAGUCUGGACAGUUGCACAUGCUUUACAUGCAGCUUAUGCUCUCCAGUCCCAGCGAAGGGCCACAAAGAAUGGAAACAGAUCAGGAGUUCAACGACUGCAGCCUUGGCAGUGUCCUCUUUAUCCUCAGUCCAUGAGUGAGACAGUCAUAUGUUUGGCUGCAUUGGUGCAAAUGUAG